UCGAGUGUACGUGCAGACAACCUGGUACGUUGAAGUUGACAUCUUGGUCCAUCCAUGUCUGCGUCGGCUCUCUCGGCCGCCGUUGACGCUGCAAGGUAGAGACAAUUAGCGCAGGCUGCGCGCCAACUUGACGUCAUUCUGGCGAUAACGCGCGCGACCUACUAACACACCAAACCACUGGCAUCCGCGCAAUCCCGUCCCUGCUCAAUGGUGAAAGCUUGAAAAGCUUAUCAAGUUGAAUCGUGCCGUGUGCCGGUGUUUUUUCCGUACCUAUCACUUUCUGUCACGUUGGGUCACGGCUGUCGUGCGAAACGCCUCUUUUAAAGCCAGCUGGCUAGCGAUUUCAAUUGCUUCCAAACGACUGUCCUGAACAUCAUAAUAUCCUGAGUAGAGCUAUCCAUCGAACCUGCCCACGCGACCGCUCUGAUUUCCUCGAAUCUCCACCAUUUCUUAGUUGAAGAGCUAGGCCUGCACAUCACAAAAAAACCUGCCAUGGCAGAAAAACUCAAACCCCAGAAGAAAAUCGAGCUUUUCUCUGGCACAUACUUCGGCGCCUGUACCCUCGGCGGCAUCAUUGCCUGUGGCCCAACCCACGCCUCCGUCACCCCUCUCGAUCUCGUAAAAUGCCGCCGUCAAGUUGACCCCAAAAUCUAUAAAUCUAACCUUCAGGGGUGGUCCAAGAUCUACAAAGGGGAAGGCCUCCGCGGCGUCUUCCUCGGCUGGUCGCCCACCUUCGUCGGCUACGCCUUCCAGGGCGCUGGCAAAUACGGCCUGUACGAAGUCUUCAAGUACGCAUACGGAGAAAAGGCCUUUCCUAACACCAACAAAACCCUCGUGUACCUCGGUGCCUCUGCCUCGGCAGAGUUCUUCGCUGAUAUCUUCCUGUGUCCGUUCGAGGCCAUCAAGGUGCGCAUGCAGACGAGUGUGCCGCCGUUCGCGCACACGCUGAGAGAGGGCUGGGGAAAAGUGGUCAGGGAAGAAGGAUUCGCGGGCUUGUACAAGGGUCUGUAUCCGCUGUGGGCUCGCCAGAUUCCGUAUACGAUGUGCAAGUUUGCCACAUUUGAGGAGGCCGUCAGUCAGAUCUACGGCUUCCUUGGCUCGCCAAAGGAUAGCUAUGGUAAGCUGGCGCAGACGGGAGUGUCCUUUGCGGGCGGAUACAUCGCUGGUGUCGCGUGCGCGGUCAUCUCACAUCCGGCGGAUGUGAUGGUGAGCAAGCUGAACAACGACCGCAAAGCGGGCGAGGCGGCGACAAAGGCAAUCGGGAGAAUUUAUGGAAAUAUUGGGUUCGCGGGACUGUGGAAUGGUUUGCCGGUCCGAAUUGCAAUGAUCGGGACGUUGACGGCGUUUCAGUGGCUUAUUUACGAUUCGUUCAAGGUCGCGUUGGGGCUGCCCACGACUGGGGGACAUUGAGAUAGAUGAGAGGUUUAGACGAUGUGGUGUUUGUUCAUAGUUCUUCGAGCGAUCAUGCGAUGGUGGUUAUUCAUGGUAAUAUAAUACACAUACGAACAAUACACAUACGAACUGUCGUAGCAUCGUAGGCUUGCUU